GUGACCAACACUUAUAAAUAGCCACCACCUUGCACUCCCAAGUCUCCCACAUCCAAAUUAAAGCGUAGAACAUUUCCUCAUAAUCUUAGCCACAUUCUUAAUUUGCACUAUGUCUGACGAGAAGCACCACCACGGCCUCUUCCACCACCACAAGGACAAGGACGACAAUCCGUUAGAAACCUCCUCCUACGAAUCUAAGACCUCUUACGGAGGCAGCGGCUACAGCAAAACCACUGGUUAUUCCGCGGAGGGAGACGGUGGCAGGUACGGGAGUGAGACCACCGACGCGUAUGGCUCUGCUGCUCCCGGCGGUGGCCGAUACACCAGCGAGACUGCUGGUUACGUCAAGCAGGGACACGGUGGCAAGUACAGCGAGACCUCCACUGAAACUUAUGGCACCACCGAGUCUGGAAUCGAUUACAAGAAGGAGGAGAAGCACCACAAGCAUCUCGAAGAAUUUGGGGAGAUGGGUGCCGUUGCUGCAGGAGCCUAUGCUUUGCAUGAGAAGCAUAAGGCGAAGAAUGACCCAGAGCAUGCACACAAGCACAAGGUAGAAGAGGAGAUCGCUGCAGUUGCUGCAGUUGGAUCUGGUGGGUUCGCCUUCCACGAGCACCAUGAUAAGAAAGAGGCCAAGGAAGAAGAAAAAGAGGCUCAUGGCCUUGAAAAGAAGCACCAUCAUCUCUUCUAAAUAUAUAUAUAUCUGAGCUUCUGAUGAUCGAUCUUCCUCAAUAAUUAACUAUGUAUCUAUAUAUGCGUUGUUGCAUGCAUGUUAAUUUAGGUUUUUACUUAUUUACGAUCUGAUGUUUCAAGUGUAUUAUGUGAGCAACAGGAUCUGUAAAUUAUCUCAGAGUCUGGGAUUAUUGAUGCCUGUUGAUCACGUUUUUAAGUGUCUAUGUGUUAUGUGUGAGAUAUGGGUGUUAUCUGGGUUUGCUCUUGUAGCAUGCCAUGUAUGCAUUGUUGAUUAUCAUAAAUAAUAUCGUUUACUUGGAGCAUGCCAUGUAUCCAAAAAUUCUGUAACAUU